AUGGACAAUUUAAGGCCCAAUAAGAAAGAGGGAGAGGUGUCAGAGGUGCUUACCAGAGACACCAAAGAACAAAAGGGAACCGUCACUAAACCGACGGUUCCACGGACAGUACCGUCCAGCGUAGGUGCCCCCACCAAAGGGAUAACCUCGCUGAACGUUUCCAAAACCAGUUCCAAGGAGCUGGAAGAGAAAAAGAAACAAGAGCCCGCAAGUGAUAAAACUGCGGAGCCACUACGGACUGACGACCUUUUCUCUGCUGCCUGGCAAGUGGUGAGCCGUAAGGGGAAAGGCAAGGCACCCAAAAAGGUGACUUGCCGACCUGACGGACCAUCAAGAGGGUCUAUCCCUGCAGGCAGUAGUGGAAAGGCCAAAAAGAAGAACAAGAAGCAGCGGGAAAAAGGCCGUAGAGAACGAGCCGCAUUGGCUGCUUCAGAUACCAAAACCAAGGAGGCUGGGCAAGCUACUGCGACUGAGGUGCUUGGCGCUGGAACCAGUAGCCGCGCUGAAGCUGGGAAGGAUAAAAAUCCAGCCCAAGUGGAAGUCGCGGACGCGGGAACCAGCUCUAGGAUAUCCGCCAGGAAGCAGCGAGCGGCCAAGCGUCCUGGGAAGAAGGAAAGAGCAGCCAAAAGGAUGCUGGAAGAGUCCACCUCGCCUAGAGGUGAACACAAAAAAGUGCGACUCGAACAGCAACCAAAGACUGCAAGAACGAGCUACGCUUCCGCUGCUAAAGCAGAUUUGGGUGUGGCCUUAACGUGUGCGCGUUCAGGUCACAUUACGAAGGAAGUAGCAGACGACAUCCUCGUAGCAAUACAGAGGAAGAUGAUCAGCGAGGCCUGGAGUAGCCAGGACCCUGAUGCGUCGGGCCCAGUUUUUAGGGGCAAACCCGUUUAUACGGAAGGUGUCCUGAAACUGUGGUGCGACGAUCAGAAGGCUCUGGACUGGUUGAAGGGGAACAUUGCUACCCUCGACCUUAAAUCCAGCACCUUGCUGACAAUAAAGAAACAGUCAGAGAUACCACAAAGAGUCAAAUGUGGUAUCCUUAUCCCUGAUGCCCAGGGGGCCUGGAAAGACUCACGCGACAUUGGUCGCGUGUUGGCGUACCAGAACCGCUGGGUUAACAUCAGGGACUGGCUGUUACUCAAGGCAGAUAAGCAGACGGACGGGUGGUUCCUCGUUGUUUCGGUACCGGAGGAUCAUAUCCCGACCCUGAUGAAGGCCGGACGCCGUCUCGCAUGUGUAUGCGGGGCGGUAUACGUAAAAUUCCAGGGUCGUGGAGGCAAAUUCUUUGAUACUCCACCGAGCAAAGAGGUAGAAAACAACCCGGAAGUUAUGGAUACCGGAGCCAUAGUUACCGGUACAGCGGAAUCACUGGAGGCCAAGUCCAGUGAAGAAACGGCCUGCACAAUUGAGCCGAAGCCCCCAGUGGAGAUUGGGCUCAGCGGCAGCUCACUGAGUGACGAGGAGGACUGCAUUUUGCCGACCACCUCCGACUCGGUGGCUGACGAUGAAACCCGAGAUCUUCUGGCAGGCCUAUUUUUGGGCGGGGACGGGGAGGACGCGAUCAAUGAUGGCGUGCCCUUCGUCCAAAACUAG